UUACUGAGAAAUUUAAUGUAGCGCUGUUGGAAGAUAAAGAUUACCAGUGCCCAGUUUGUCAUGAACCAUUCAUAGAGCCAGCAUUGCUUAAUUGCUCCCACAUGUUUUGUACUUGGUGCCUUGAAAAUUGUUUAAAGGAAAAUAAUCACUGUCCGUUAUGUCGAGUACCUAUGACCCAUGCUGUACACUGUUUGAGCAUGAAAAAUUUCAUUGAAAAAAGAAUGGAACUCAUGCCAGCUACAAUCAGAUUAGAGCGCAAGAAUUUAGAAGAAGGCCGAAGGGCAAAACAUAUAUUUAAACAAAGCCAUGAAGAAAUUUUUCAACUUUACCUUAGGUAUUCAAACGAUGCAAGCCAGUCAUCAAAUAAUUAAAGCUGUGAAUUGAUAAAUUUAUUUUAAUCCCGCUAUAUUAAUUUGUGCGACAUAUUUUGAAUUAUUACUAUACUUGUAACAAAAUUAGCAAUUUGAUUGCAUCAUCCUUUAUGGUUAAAUAUCAAUAAUAUCAUAUUAGAGGUUGUGGGCCACAUUACAAAAUUGCUUAUAUUUUCUAAAAAUAAUAUUUUAAUUGAUUGUUUAAAUAUGUAUAUAAAAAUUAACUAAGCUUAGUGUGUUAUAGUCUACAAUGUACAAUUUUUGAUAAUAUGUAAUAUUUAUUUGUAUAGAAUAUUCAAAAUUCCAAACAAUUUUUUGUAUGUAUA